AUGGAGGACAUUGUAGAUUGGUCUUUCACUCGUGAAUGGAUUAACACAAACCCAUUAGACACGCCCUGUAGUGCUAAAUUGUCAAAAAUACAAGGCAACAAAAUUAAAAAACUUAAUUUCGCGCAUCCUACAAUAGACAUACAACAAAGAAAUUAUCCUCGUUUAUAUCCUCGAGGCAUCAUCCCUUGUGUAGAAUGUAAUUCUGCCAAAGACAACAACGAACACAUAGGUUUAUGUACCGCCCACACAACAAUUAUCACACAACUCAUUUCGGACGCUUCCGAUAUAUUACUUACUCUUAUGUUAGAGGAAACGGCUGAACAGAAUUACGCAUUAAGAAAUACCAUUAAAGAAUCGAAACUUUUUGAUAUUAGUUUCGAAUUAUUCUUAUUUAAAGAUCAUCCUUUUUAUUUACUUAUUCAUCACUUGGUCCCAAAAGACCUUACUGAUAUUUUUUACAAUUAUAUACCAAAAAAGAAAAAACGAUUCGAAAUAUUCAUUAAAUUUAUGAAUAUUAUAAUGGCUAAUAUCGACGCACAUAUUUGGACAUUACUAAAAAUAAAAAGAAAUUUUAUAGGAAAAACUACAAUUCAAAUAAUGAUCGUUCGAAUACGAACGAGGACGUCAAUCGACAAAGAAAUUAUUCUCGUAAUCAAUAUAAUCCCAAUUUUUCCACCCCUUAUAAUCGCAGUGGUGGUUUCUCUGAUAACGACGCCCAUAUUCGAUGGACGUCGAGUAAUUUUUUACAUUCGGGUUCUUGAGAAUCACAUAGAGAUCGAAUUUGGUUCGAUAUAA